GUAAAGUUGUUUUUGAGGUUAGUUUCUUCCUAUAUACAUAUAACAACAGAUGCUCCUGAUGGAAAAUUCAAUAACUUAUCACGUGAGUAAUCUGGUGAACAAUAUAUUUUAUGAACUAACUAAUUUAGAGACAAAUACUUCUAGUAUUAUUAAAAUAAAUUGUGAAAAAUUGUCGAGGAACGGAGAAUUAAGUUUUCUAAUCAAUCGUCAAGUUUGGAAAGACUAUGUACCAAAUGGCAGUGACAAUAAUUUAACAUCAAAUAAUAUUUUAGACUACUACGUGAAAAAUAAGAAUGCAAUUGAAAAUUGUUCAACAUUUGAUGAAAUUGUACAAAAGGCUUUUAAUUUAAUAGAAUUAAAAUCUCACGAAUGGUCUCUACAAAUUAAUUCAUUUUCAUUACAAAAAGAAAGAUUAUGUCUAUUUCUAAACAGACCUCAAGCACUAUCAUUAGCCAUAAAAAAUGCUUUAAACAAUGGUUUGUCAUAUGGUCAAAAGGCAUUGGUUGACGAAAGUUUUACAUUUAAAAUUCAAAUCGACAAUGAAGCUGAAUUAUCUAAUCAACGAUUGAAUUUUUUGAAAGAUUUUUUUCAACGUAUUUUACAACUACAAGGAUAUAAAAUUAUAACGGAAAAAAAUCAUAACAAUUAUAUAUUGACAACAAAAUCUGAGGGUAUUGUAGAAGAAAAUUAUAAAAAAAUUGUCUGUGGUGUUGUCAAAAAUUCAGAAAAUAAUUCCAAAGAAAAAUCUAUAACGUGGAAUUCUUAUUUAUCUAGUAAAAAGGAGCAAUUAAAGAAAUUAAAUGCUCAUAAAUAUCAAAAUAAAGACAAUGGAGAAGAUGAUGAUGAGAAUAUAAAACAAAUUGCAACGACAGCUGUAAAAUUUGAAUUUUUGUCAGUAAAGCCUAGUCGCUCUGUGGUUUUGAAAAAAUUUGAUACUUCCGACGAUACAUUGAAAGAGGCAGCUUUUAUCUUGUAUAACACUGCAAGAAUAAAAGCAAUUUUAAAUAAAUAUGAAGAAAAAGUGCUUGCUGGAAAAUAUCCAAAGCUUCUAAACGUCGACAAUAUCGAUUUCCUCUGUCUUUCUCAAGAGGAAGAAUGGGAACUGGUUUUUAAUUAUAUUCUACAAUAUCCUGAGAUGAUACAGGGCUGUGUUAAACACAAACCAACUUUAGAAGCAUGUCCACAGUAUAUUUGCUCCUUUUUGAGUAAACUUUGUCAACAUUUUAGUAUAUAUUAUAGAAGAAGUCGUGUUUUAGUCGACGGUUAUAGUCAUUUAAUGCCAACGGUGAUGGCGAGAAUUUAUUUACUACAAAGUAUACUUAUUGUUUUGGAAAAUUCACUUUCCAUUUUUGGAAUAACUCCAAUGUCAAAAAUGUAAAUUGUUUUUUAAAAAAUAGCCUUUGUUUUCAAUUAUUUUUGGCGAAUUUUGCCAUUUAUACAAAAAUUUAUAUAUAUAUAUUUUUUAGUGCGAUUUAUAAAUAAUAUCAAUUAAAGAUUAUGAUAAAUUUUUCAAUGUAGUAUAUAUAAAUUAAAUAUAAUUUCAAUGAUUUUUACAAAAAAUGUCAAAUUCAAAUCUACUGUAACAGUGAUGAAAAAUUAAUGUAUUUUGAUUUACUAAAAAAUAAUGUUCAAUAUAGAAAAUUGUAUUUAUUUUUUUUUAAUUCUGGUGACUAGCUGUCUGUUUCGACAGCAUUUAAAAAAGACUUCUUAUCGCAACUGAUAACAUUGCGAAUAAAUUCACCGUGCUAUGUAUAGUUCGUUUAUAUACAUGUUUUCAUGAAUUUAAAAAUCACAAUAUUUAUGAGUUGUCUGCCAGGCAGACGUUCUUUAUCGUGUAUAUCGAAAAAACAAGUUCAUUCUUUUGUCAAGUAACAAUAUAGUUUAAUAAUGUACUUUAAUUAAUUAAUUUUUUAUUCUUAAUAAAAACAAAUAUUUGCUUUUUAUUAAUAA